AUGCGGCCAUCGCGGCCCGGAAGGGGCCGGCCCGGCCGUGAGGGACGCCGGUGGCCGUGAGGGAGCCCCUGGGCCAGUGCGGGAUCGUCAUGGAGUCGUGGCAGCUGCGUUUCGACACUCUGGAGGCCCUGCGCCUCUCCAGCAAGGGCCGGCUGAGCUACUGCAGCCACUGGCAGGAGGAUGAGGCUGCCUUGGAAGGAUGUGUGGCACCCGUUGAGCUCUCCCCUUACUGCGGCUGGGUGCUGGACAGCCUUAGUGGGCAAUUAGCGCAGGAAAUCGCACCCUCCGGGACUUCAACGCCCAAACAAUCCACUCCACUCCCAAAACGGGCAUCUGCGGAGAAGGUCCCGCCUGGCAGCCACCAGAGCUCUUCACCACCUUCAUCUACAGAGCCCAGUGAGACCAAGGAAAGUGAUCAUCUUAGUCUCCUGGAAAUGAAUCAAGAAGUUGUUCCAGCAGUUCUGUCGUCUAAAGUUGCAAAAGUCGAAGGCUGCAUUCGGAUGUAUGAAGAGAUCCACAGGCUGAAAGCAAAGGAGAGGCUGAGGCAGCGGCAGGAGGAGCAGGAGCAGAUGGUGAGGGCAGCCUAUGCCCAGGCCAGUGAGCAGCUGAAGCGCUUUGAUGAACUGAGGGAGCUGAAGCGGCAUCAGGAAUUCCAGGAGUUGCAAGAAGUAAUGGAGAAGAGCUCAAAGGAGGCUCAGGGGCAGCAAGAGAAGUUGAAGGAAGAGCACCGACAUAGAGCAAAGAUAUUGAACCUAAAAUUGCGUGAGGCAGAGCAGCAGAGGCAGCGCCAGGAAGAGCUGGAACGUUUGCGCAAGGAGGAGGGCCAGGAGAGGCUGCGUCGCCUUUAUUCCAUCCAGGAGGAACUGCUGCAGCUGAACCAGCAGAUUGAUCCCAACUACAGGCACAAAGACUUGCCCAGAAUCGAUCUGUCUGCAUACAGCAAUCGUGGCAACCAGAUCUGUGGACUGGUGUCAGGGCUCAUCCGCACCACGAGCGAGAGAGGGUUCCCAACUCAAGCAGAUGUGGCCAGCACUGAACGAGCCCUGCAGGAGAUGCGAGGGUUGAUAUCCAGCAUGCAGCAGGAAAUUGCUGCAGCUCUAGAAGAAAAGAAGAGGAAAGAUGAAGAGGAAAAGAAACAAAAGCAGAAGGAGUUAGAGAAAAAAGAGCAGAUGAAGAGUCAGACUCCUGCCUCUGCACAGCAGUCAGGGGAAAAGCAGCAGAAGGAAGGGCUUCAGGUUAAAACUGAAGAAAGUAUCAUGCAGUGGUACCAGCAGCUUCAGGAUGCUGCCCAGCAAUGUGUUGCUGCUUUCAGUGAAAUUGGAAACUGCAAAGGCAACACUGAGGUGAAGAAGAUAAAAACAAACUUGCAGAAAGCAGCUACAAUCCCUGUGAGCCAGAUCUCUAGCAUAUCAGGCUCUAAGCUGAGAGAGGUGUUUGACAAGAUCAAUAACCUGCUGUCUGGGAAGCCUGUUCAGACUGAAGGGCAGUCCGUGUCGGUGACUCAGCAUCCACAGGGGCUGGAGUUUGUUUGCUACAAACUUGCAGAGAAGUUUGUGGUGAGGAAAUCUCUUCUUUGGGGUGGCACAGGUGGCCCGUGCUCUUGGACACUGAACUGUCUCUUCAGCUGUGAAGAACAAAAUCAUUGGAAACAUGGGGAAGGAGAAGUAUCUUUUCACCAUGAGUCAGCUUUCCCAAUUGCUGUGGUGCUCUCAGGAAUCUGGGAAUUACACCCUCGAGUCGGAGACAUCUUUUUAGCUCAUCUGCACAAAAAGUGCCCAUAUUCUGUGCCAUUUUACCCUGCUCGGAAAGAAGGGACUUCUGUGGAAGAGUAUCAGAGGAUGCUUGGAUAUGAAGUUCAUGAUUCUAAAGUGGAAGAACAGGAUCAUUUUCUUAAAAGGAUGUCAGGAAUGAUUCGUCUCUAUGCUGCCAUCAUUCAGCUCCGCUGGCCCUAUGGAAACAAACAAGGGGCACAUCCUCAUGGUCUGAGCUAUGGAUGGCGCUGGCUUGCACAGAUGUUGAAUCUGGAGCCACUGGCAGAUGUGACAGCUAUGCUGCUUCUGGAUUUCCUGGAAGUGUGUGGCAAUGCUCUGAUGAAGCAGUAUGGGAUUCAGUUCUGGAAAACAAUGUUCUUUAUCCAGAAAUCCUAUAUCCCAAGGAUUGAAGCUGUGACCAGCUCUGGCCAGAUGGGCUGUUUGUCACGUUUGAAGAAUUUCGUGCAGAAAUGUCUACGUGCAGAGGAAAUUCCAUUACCAAAGGGCAUUUUGACACCUUCCUUUUGGAGAACAUAAAUCAGCCUGUAUUUCCUUUCCCCUUAAUGUUUAAUUCAAGAAGAUUUAUUUGUUAGAUUCAAAGCUAAUCUCUGCAUUAGAUCUUUAUAAGUUUUUGUAUAAUAAAUUACUGACACUUCAAGUCCUUUCCUUCAUAUGUUUAAUCAUGUGGAAGAUGCUUUAAAUCCAUUGUGCUGAUGGCUCUGGAGUUAAGGACUCUUGGACUGAGAAAUUGCACAGUGCUGUUUGGCCCAUGGAAGUGAAAAUACCUCACAGCUUUAUGAACUCUUAACAGCAUAAUCAAUCUCAAACUUACUGCAAGAACUUUAUUUUUGUAUUUCUUGCAUCUUUUAUAAUUCAGCUGUAAUUAUGCUGAUGGACUUGUUCUCAACAUCAUCUAAAAUCUGUGGUGAGGCUGCUGAAGGUUGAGCAGUGCUGACACUUGUCUCCCUUGGAUGUAACUUCACUCCAAAAGGCAGGACUCUGGGUUGGAGGGAGGUAGACUCACUGCUCCAAAAGGUUUGUGGGGGAAAGAAGAACUCCUGUAAUAAUCAAAAUUCUUUGGUUUUUUUUUCUGUUGGAGAAGGGGCAGUCAAGAAAAUCCACAGCUCCUGGAUGAAUAGAGAUGGAAAAUCUGUUGCAUUUACAGUGAGCUGUCCUUGAACUGUUUUGGUGGCCUCUAAGAUGAGAAAAUUUAUUUCUGAGUUCUACAGGGUAGUUAAUUAUUCUGGCAAUAUACUCUUGCAAGUGCUAUUGAAAAUGUUAUUUUUACCAGACUGGGGUUUGUUUUUCCUAGGGGCACCAGGGCUUGAAGCUGUAGAACAUGGAAUUGAGGUUCUCCUGUGAGAAUAUGGAUUUGAUUUUCCAUAUAGUUCUUGAGAUUUCUGAGAAAAGGUUGUAACGUGUGCUUUGGAAUUCAGGCCUGUAAAACCCUUGUCUUUAAAAUGGUUUAAUACCCAAGUUAAAUUUGUAUUUGGUUUAUGUAUUUUGUAAACUGACUCUGGAAUACUUUAGACUACUGUUACCUUGUGAUUGUUCUGGGAAAUUGGAAAUAUCCUCCUGGUGUGCGUUUGCCAGAUAAUUCUGAAGCAAUGCAACUUUUAUUAGUAUACUUGAAAAUGUACAAGGUUUUUUGAUACUGAGUGGAGAUGUUUUAAUUUUAUAUUGCAUAUUUCAUAAUUAUGGUGGAGAUUCACUUUGCCAAGACAGUAAUUGGUCAUGUCUGUUAGAAACAAUUGCCUACCUGUGCCAAACCCAAGGAAGAAUUUGAUGAUGUACUUGUGAAAUACAAUAUUAUUUUUGCUGACAGCUACUUGGGGUUUCUAACAUUUGUGGGGUAAAUAAAAGUAUAUAUUUUUAUAAAAAAAAAA